CGGCAAUAUCCUAGUUGGUGCAGUGUCUUAUGUGCAUCUAGUAGACAAAGAGCAGCUCAUAAAAAGAGCAGUUAAAAUGUCAUGACACAAUACUGUAAACUGGACAAAUAUCUAGCCUUUUUCUCUGUUUAUUUUUAAGUCGGAAACUACGUUACCUAAUUCCCUCCAACCACACUCUCGCGAGACUGCGCGAGGAGGGCACAAGUUGGAGGAAACAUGGCGACGUCUAAUUUGUUAAAGAAUAAAGGCUCCUUGCAGUUUGAGGACAAGUGGGACUUGAUGAGGCCCAUCGUUCUCAAGCUGCUGAGACAGGAGGCUGUCACCAAGCAGCAGUGGUUCGACCUCUUCUCAGAUGUCCAUGCUGUGUGUCUGUGGGAUGAUAAGGGCCCAGCUAAGAUCCACCAGGCGCUCAAAGAAGACAUCCUAGACUUCAUUAAACAAGCUCAGAACCGUGUUUUGAGUCACCAGGAUGACACAGCGUUACUGAAGGCCUACAUUGUGGAGUGGAGGAAGUUUUUCACGCAGUGUGACAUCCUGCCCAAACCCUUCUGUCAGCUGGAGAUCACACUGAUGGGGAAGCAGGGCAGCAACAAGAAGUCUAACGUUGAGGACAGCAUCGUACGCAAGUUGAUGUUGGACACAUGGAACGAGUCAAUCUUCUCCAACAUAAAGAGCCGUCUUCAGGACAGUGCUAUGAAGCUGGUUCACGCUGAGAGGCUGGGAGAGGCUUUUGACUCCCAGUUGGUUAUAGGAGUACGAGAAUCAUACGUCAACCUGUGCUCUAACCCUGAAGACAAGCUCCAGAUCUACAGAGAUAACUUUGAGAAGGCCUACCUGGACUCAACUGAGAGGUUCUACAGAACACAGGCCCCAUCAUACCUACAGCAGAACGGAGUCCAGAACUACAUGAAAUAUGCAGACACAAAGCUAAGAGAAGAGGAGAAGAGGGCAGUUCGAUACCUUGAGACUCGUCGUGAAUGUAACUCUGUCCAAGCUCUGAUGGAAUGUUGUGUGAACGCUCUGGUGACGUCGUUUAAAGAAACCAUCCUGGCCGAAUGUCCCGGCAUGAUCAAACGCAACGAGACAGACAAGCUCCACCUGAUGUUUUCCCUGAUGGAUAAAGUUCCUAGUGGGAUAGAGCCCAUGCUGAAAGACCUGGAGGAUCACAUCAUGAAUGCUGGGCUGGCUGAUAUGGUGGCUGCUGCAGAGACUAUCACUUCUGACUCUGAGAAGUACGUGGAGCAGCUGCUGACGUUGUUUAACCGUUUCAGUAAACUGGUGAAGGAGGCUUUUCAGGAUGACCCUCGAUUCCUCACCGCCAGAGACAAGGCCUACAAAGCUGUGGUGAACGAUGCCACCAUCUUUAAACUGGAGCUGCCCCUCAAACAGAAAGGGGUAGGUCUGAAGACCCAGCCAGAGUCGAAGUGUCCAGAGCUGCUAGCUAACUACUGUGACAUGCUGCUGAGGAAAACCACCCUGAGCAAGAAACUCACGUCAGAGGAGAUAGAACUCAAACUCAAAGAAGUGUUGCUGGUAUUGAAGUAUGUUCAGAAUAAAGAUGUGUUUAUGAGGUACCAUAAAGCCCACCUGACCAGAAGACUGAUCCUGGACAUCUCAGCCGACAGUGAAAUAGAAGAGAACAUGGUGGAGUGGCUCAGGGAGGUGGGGAUGCCUGCAGACUAUGUGAAUAAGCUGGCGAGGAUGUUCCAGGACAUUAAAGUAUCGGAUGAUCUCAACCAGGUCUUCAAGGAGAUGCACAAACACAACAAGCUGGCUUUACCAGCUGACAGUGUGAAUAUAAAGAUCCUGAAUGCGGGGGCGUGGUCGAGGAGCAGUGAGAAGGUGUUUGUGUCUCUGCCUACUGAGCUGGAGGAUCUGAUCCCAGAGGUAGAAGACUUCUACAAGAGGAACCACAGCGGGAGGAAACUGCACUGGCAUCAUCUCAUGUCCAAUGGCAUCAUCACCUUCAAGAACGAAAUGGGUCAUUAUGACCUGGAGGUCACGACCUUUCAGCUGGCUGUCCUAUUUGCCUGGAACCAGCGGCCGCGGGAGCGAAUCAGCUUCGAGAACCUUAAAUUGGCCACCGAGCUGCCCGAUGCUGAGCUACGACGCACACUCUGGUCUCUGGUAGCGUUCCCUAAGCUGAAGAGACAGGUGUUGUCCUAUGAGCCUUCAGUCUCCUCCCCUAAAGACUUCACAGACAGCACCCUGUUCUACGUCAACCAGGACUUCUCUCUCAUUAAAAACUCCAAGGUCCAGAAAAGGGGCAAGAUUAAUCUGAUUGGUCGACUGCAGCUGACCACAGAGCGAAUGAGAGAGGAGGAGAAUGAGGGCAUCGUCCAGCUGAGAAUAUUAAGAACCCAGGAGGCCAUCAUCCAGAUUAUGAAGAUGAGGAAGAGGAUCAGUAACGCCCAGCUACAGACGGAACUGGUAGAGAUCCUCAAGAACAUGUUCCUGCCCCAGAAGAAGAUGAUCAAGGAACAGAUCGAGUGGCUCAUCGAACACAAAUACAUCAAACGGGACGAGACAGACAUCAACACCUUUAUCUACAUGGCAUAGAACCCCUUUACCUGGACUGGAACCACCUACCUACCGCUUGACCUGGCUGGACCCUCGCUGCUGCAGGAGGAAGAAAUGCAGUAAGAGGAGGGAGGAGUGGUUGUUUCAGAAGAAGAGGAAGGAGAAUAUCUCUGCGGUCGGGGGGGGGUUGGUUGGUUGGCUGUAUGAGAUAGAUGGUGUAGUCUUCAGACUGUGGUGCCCCUCAGGGUCCAGGAGGAGAAGGACAGGAGGACAGUGGGGCUGACUGACAGUCUCAGUAUCACAGUAGAGACAUUAUUAAAUAAAUAAACUCUCCCUGCCUUACCCUCCUUACGCAGUCCGCACAGAGACAGACAGAAGGACUAACGGACUAGUAGUCUAUAUCAUUAUGGAGUAGACACAGAGAGGAGUGUAUUUUGCCAAAUGUACUGUGUGUGUAUAUGUGUGUCUGCACCUUGACAGCUUGUUGCUCUGUGGAAGCCUUGCAAUCAUCUGAGGACCCAUCGCGCGUGUGUGCGUGUCUCACUUUCCUCCAGCUCCACCCCCCCAACUGCCACACCCCUCAGAGAAGAUCAUAACUCCUCACAUAUCAGCCAGUCGCUGGGUGAGAACAAACGAGAACAUCAGCACUUUUCUGUGUUUCAGUGUCUCUGAAUGGCUUUAUAUAUCAAUUUCAUUCUACUUUUCAAUGCUCAUCAUUAUUUUUAUGAACACUUGUGUGUUGUGUGUAUCGCUUGUUAAAUGCUGCACAGCGUCAUCCAAUCGAUCAAAGUCACAAAGCUCUCUAGCGAUCUUUGAUUCUUCUCUCUCCCCCACCUAUAGCCAGUGCAGGACAGGACAUGACAGGUGUAUUAUUGUCAGACCAUGAGGGGGUGUCAUGACUGGUCAUGACCCAGGUUUCUUCCCAAAUGCCACCCUAUUCCCUAGGUACUGCAUUACUUUUGACCAGAGCUCUAUGGGGUAAAAAAGUUGUUUAUGUUCCCUAUAUAGGAAAAAAAUCUAUAUUCCCUACUAAGGAAAAAAUAUUUGAUAUCCUAUAUAUGGAAUGGGGUGCCCCAGUAAAAUCCCUCCAGUGCAAUAGCUAGCCCCUCCUACUAGAGCACUUCCUGUGAUGAGGUCAUGUUGCUAAAGCAACGGCACUGCAGUGUUGCUAUUAAUGUACCCUACCCACAACCUUUUACAGAAGACUGUGUGUUGCAGUAUGAUAUGAGUGGGGAGGAGGGAGGGGUGAGGAUAGAAGAGAAAAAAAAAUGAUGUGUUGCGGUCGUAUGGGGCUGACUUGUUUAUUUAUUUCAUUUUUAUCAGAAUGUGGUUUGUUUGUAUGCUAGUGUUUGAUAAAUAGGUCCGGUCUGUAGCGGGCUACUAGGUGUACAUAGCCACUUAUUGAUUUGGAGUAAUGUUAAAUGAUUAAAUGUAUGAGAUGACUUAAUAACACUAUCCCGCUUUCACUCUUUUUAGUUUGAGUUUUGUAGUGGGAUAUUACAGUGCGCCCCAAAUGGCACCCUAUUCCCUAUAUAGUGCACCACUUUUGACGGCUCUGGUCAAAAGUUGUGCACUAUGUAGGGAAUAUGGUGCCAUUUGGGAUGCAACCUAGGUGUCAAUGUCCUCUUUUUUUCUCACUCUGAUUUUAAUGCAACCACAUUGGAAUCAAUUUAGACACCUCAAGACAAAGUGAUUGUCAGAUGAUGGAAACAUUACUUGGGAUUUAGCAGUUAUGAAUUGUUUGAUCAUGAUGUCAUGGCUUUACUUCAUCCUACCAUGUUUAAUUCAUACACACUACAUACCUACGCAGCACCGUAUAGUCCACCAUUCUACAGUGGAGGACACCUAAGAGAAAUACACUUACACACAAUGACUAUUGACUGAACAGUUAAUAGUUUAUUCUACUGGGUAAUGUCAUGUGUGGAUAACUCUACUACCUGUCAACUGGCAAUAAGAGGCUCUCCUCCACGUGAACUAGUUACAUUUCUCAAUCGACUUUAGAACAGUUACUCUGAAGGAUAUCUAUCUUUGUGAAUAAAAAGUGUGUGUUUAUCAUUAUUGACAGUUUAUGCGGUGAUAUCGUCCACUGAAUGACAUUGUGUCCAGCAGGCCCAGGUUUUAGUAACGUUCUUUUUCAUGUCUUCCUUCCCUGGUAUCUGACAUUAGUGGUUACGCAUCACUGCUGUAGUUGUUGCAUCAAAACAACUUGGAGAAGAAGCCUUUGUCCCAAGUGACACCCUAUUUCCUAUUUAGUGCACUACUUUUGAACAAGGCCCAUAGGGCUCUGGUCAAAAGUAGUGCAGUAUAUAAGGAAUAAGGUGUCAUUUGGGACGUAUGCAAAGUGUUAUUACAUUUUAGUAAUUCAGCAGACACUCAAUUUGCGCAUUCUUAAGAUAUGUUAGAGUAAUGUACUUAAUGUAACUCAGUCUGAUACACUUAGCUAUUCUCUAGAUUUUAGCCAUGUUCAACAAUGUUUUAAGAUGACACAACUUAGGUCACUUUGAGUAACAACAAAUAAACAGUAUUAAACUAUGACAAACUCAAUUUUUGUUGUAACAAUUCAUGUAUUUCUCUGCACAGAAAUGUCAGAUAGAGCAACUCUUAUUGUGCUAUGAGACUGACAUCUUGCUUCAGUUUAAUGUGUUUAAGUGUGUUUGUGAUGAUUGUAAACAGAUGGGUAAUCAUAAGACACGUAUCUCUUCCUCUCCUUCCCUACUUGCAUAUCUGGAGCCUUGAAAAACGAUGUUUUAUCGAUCAUAACAUUACCAGAUGAAUGUGUCCCUACUUUGAGUAAAGAUAUAAUGCUGUACAUUGUUUGAAUGGGAGUAUUCUGGCUGUUGGGCUCAACUACUUAGAUGUGCUGCAUUAUUAUUAUUUUUUUGUUUGUGACUUUUGGCUUUUUUUGGGGUAUAAUUUAUUUCCUGGCAAAUAAAAACUGUACUGUAAAGAGAGA